CAAAACCUCUAGUGUUAAACCCCAAGUUUGCGAACUCACUCAACUCUUCCAUUUCCUCCCCCAAACCUCCCCCAAAACCCUUCAAACCCUAGAAAUGUCUUCAUCUAUAACGCUCCACCACGUCCGCAACCUAUGCGCCGCCGCCACCACCUCCGCCUCCUCUUCAAUCUCCAUUUCCAAAGCCAAAGCAAAACUCAGAUCACAAUUCGAUCCAGACAAAGCCCUAAAAAUCUACUCCUCCCUCUCCGAUCACUACACGACCUCCUCUCCAGCCUCCUCUCGCUACGCCCAAGACCUCACCGUCAAGCGCCUCGCAAAGUCUGGCCGUUUCACCGACAUCGAAACCCUCCUCGAAUCCCACAAAAACGACCCCAAAAUCACCCAAGAACCCUACCUCUCUAGCCUCAUUCGAUCCUAUGGCGUCGCCGGAAUGUUCGAUCAUGCCCUCAAAACCUUCAAUCAAAUGGACGAUUUCGGAACCCCCAGAUCGACGAUCUCAUUCAACGCUCUUAUCUCUGCUUGUAAUCAAUCCAAGCGAUUCGACCUAGUCCCCCAACUGUUCGACGAAAUUCCCCAGAGUCACGGGUUUUUACCCGAUAAAUUUUCGUAUGGAAUUUUGGUUAAGUCUUAUUGCGAGUCUAAUUCGCCUGAAUUGGCGGUUGAUACAUUGAAAAGAAUGGAAGAGAAAGGGAUUGAAAUUACCACUGUUACUUUCACGACCAUAUUUGAUUGUUUGUACAAAAAUGGGAAGAGUGAUGAGGCCGAGACGAUUUGGAAUGAGAUGGUGAUGAAAGGUUGUUUGCCCGAUGUUGCGGCCUAUAAUGUUCGGAUUAUGCAUACUCACAAUGGAGACCCUGAAAUUGUGAAGGCAAUGAUUGAGGAAAUAAUCAAUGCGGGGUUGAAACCAGAUUCGAUUAGUUACAAUUAUUUGGUAAAUUGUUAUUGUAAGAUUGGGAAGGUGGAUGAGGCGAUGAAGGUUUACGCUAGAUUGGAGGAAUAUGGGUCCAAUCCAAAUGCCGCGACUUAUAGGACUUUGGUAUAUUAUUUGUGUAGGAAUGAGGAAUUUGAGAAGGGUUACAAGGUGUUCAAGGAGAGUGUGAAGUUUCAUAAGAUUCCGGAUUUUAAUACAUUGAAGCUUUUGGUUGAAGGGUUGAUGAAGAAAUCGAAGAAGAAGGAGGCGAAAGGGUUGUGUCGGACAGUUAGGAAGAAGUUCCCUAAUAGCUUUUCUUGGCGAAAAGUUGAGGAGGAACUUGGGUUGGCGGCUGCUCCUCCUUUGGCCUCUGGUGAAGGUGAAACACAAGAGGCUAGUAGAUGAGUGUUAUUGGACUUUGAUCAGUGCAAAUUGAUGUUCAUUUUCCAUCUGCUACUCGAGGGAUAUGGUUGGCUAAAUUGUGAGUUAUUCGAUCGGCUGUGGAAGCUAGAUCUCUGGAAGGUUUCAUUGAAGCUAUUGCCAUUAAAGAUGCAAAACUUUUAUGGUUUAAUUGUAUGUUAUUUGUUGUGCCUCCUUGUCCAACAUGUAUAAUUGGGAUGCUCUAGUUGCUCCUCUUAUAUCUUUCUUUUUGCUCUCUUUCUUAAUCAUACAUUCUCAUGCCAAUUGUCCCGACUUUUAUACAAUUCGAUUUUAUUCACUGACUUGGAUAAA